GGAUACUACGCAUGUGUAAGCAUCUUUGAAUCUAAACAGGUUGGAUCACAACCAAACAACGUGACCAAACGGGGCUAUCAUCCAUUAUGCAUUAUGCCGAAUCAAUCACCACCGACAAUUCGUGUAGCCCGUUCCGUUAAAUGGUUUAACCGAACUAAAUCCGGGACCGAGUGCUUUCACCCAGAAGACGAGUUAAUAGUAUUAUGUGAGGCAGAGCCUUUUCAAAUAUUCUGCGAGAAAGCCGAUUAUUUGGCCAAUGGCUCACGUUUGUUAGGCACAAAAUUUCAUGGACAUUUUAUUGUCCCAGAGCCCGGGUAUGGUGUACGAAAGACACACUUGAAUCCAAGAGAAAUGCCAUUCCGACCGCCUUUCGAUUUGGUGAUGAAACACUUUAGUGUCAAGUAUCAAACCUGGACUUUACGGCUCGCACCGGAGUACGACGGGUCAUAUGUGAUCUGCGCAAUUUAUCCAGAGCUGGUUUCACCACCAUUCGGAGUACCGGACUACUCGAACUGGUUAGGAAAGGAAUUGUUAAAAUACGGAGCGAAAAGGUUGCGCCGGAUCUCAAAACCACUGCAACUAUGCAUUCAACAUUUUACCAAACCUGUUCGUAUUUAUCCGGAGCCGAAAUCGCACUAUUCUCGGCCGUUUCGACUUCUCAGUCUUGUCCCGCAACAAAUGAUCACCUGUCGAGCGACUCAUGUACCUAUGAUCUAUCCGAAUCUUUCUUUUUAUCCUAUAAUUGAUGGUCGUGUUGAAAAGGCGCUGAUGCAUGGACUGAAUCAGAGUCAAUUUUGGUUGGAUCAGAAGAAGAUGCCUGUACAGUGGACAUCUAUACCUAAACCGAAUGAAAUGCGUGUACUGAUUNUACUGAUUCCGGGGGAUGAAAAUGUGAUUGGAAUCUACUAUGUUCUUUGUGUUGCAGGAAAUUUGACAAUGUCAGAGGAGCGAAUGAAAGAUAUGGAUUUCUCCGGAUUUCUGCUAAAGUCUUCCAUGAUCUCUUUCAAUUUCGAUAAAAAUAAUGAAAUAACUGCUUGCAACACUGGUGGAAAGGCAGAUGUGAACUUAAUUAUCAAACAGUUAUUAAUUUUGGAAAGGAUAAUCUGA